GAAUUUUACAGAGUCAAAUAUAGCUCAGUUCUGGAAUAUUCCGGUAAAGCUCAACCGCAUCUUAAUCUUUAUGCAGACAGCAAGUUAGGACUGAUGAAUGAAACGGAUUUAGAGGGAGAGGAAGCCCUCUCCAGUCGACUGAAGGACAGUUAUCCGUACAGAGGAGAUGGAACAGGGAGAUCAGAGCCAGUUACUAUCCGAGGCAUCAAGAUACGCUCGGACAGUGAUGUAUCAGAUACUGACUUAAGCAGCACUAAAGAUGGGAACAGCAAGAGAAAGAGCUUCUUCAGUCAGCCACAGGGCACUCUUGAAUACAGGGUGAUGGCACGAGACACUUUGGACAGUAUCGCCCUUUCAUUUGAUACCUCACCCUCUCUACUUAUGAGACUCAAUCAUCGUACAAGUAGGAUGAUAUUCCCUGGUCAGGUCCUAUACGUCCCUGACCCUGAUGCGGAAGUACCACUGAGUCCAGUCUUACAUUCACCAACAUCUCCUACUGUCAUGAAUGCAGAUCAACCACCAAAGACAGUGGAUGUGCCAACCGUUGCCAUGAAGCCUAGGGAUGUGCCCACUGUCAGCCAAGCCCCACCCUCUAAGAAAGGUCGCACCGGGACGGGGAGAUCAUUCUCCUUGCGCAGAUCGUUCACACGAGACCACAGUGAUCAGAAGAGCCGUCCCCCACUGCAGAAGGCCCAGAGCAUGCCACAGCCCGGCCAUGCAGUCAGGCAGAAGUCGGUGGAGUGGGAUUCGGAAGACAGUAGACAGUAUCUAAAGCUUGAUGUCAAGUACAUCACAGAUGGCGAGGGUGUUGUGAGUGGAACUAUGCUGGUCACACCAAAUGCUAUCAUGUUUGACCCUAAUGUGAGUGACCCCCUGGUCAAGGAUCGAGGUGCUGGACCCUAUGGAGUGAUGACCAACAUGGACAUGGUUUUAGGAGCAUCUAUGUACCAUGAUAUCAGUGCCAUGAAUCUCAAAACAGAAUCCAGUUCUGAUGUCAAAGAGAAACCGUGCUGUCCAGUAUAUGUGCCAGAUAAAGGAUCUGGACCAGAAGGAACAAACAACUCAUCCCAGGAGGGAAAGAAUGGCAUCUUCCUGGCUCAGGACAUCAGGAAGAGAUUGACUGGAUGCAGUAAUUACUCUCCGGAGAAACGCAAUGACAAUCAUUCCAAAGACACAUCUCAAGAAGCUCCUGUAAAUGAGCAAUCAGCAGACAAGAGUGAAAGAACUGAGGAUGGGGAAAAAGGCAAUGGUGCAGAACUAGACAAUGUUACCAAAUUAAAAACAGUUAACAUGGAGGACUGUCAAAAACCAAAGGAGAGUGAAAAUGUUGAUGAUGAUGCACAAGAUGAAGGGUUUGUUGGUGAUUCUCAGUGUGACAGCCAGAGAGAUCAGAGUGAUAAUGAAGAAGUGAUAUGUCCAACGUCCAUGGGAUAUGAAAGAUUGCAGUCACCAUCAGAAAGUGAUCAAGGAAUGAAGAGGUUUUCUGACCAUGCUGCUGAGGAUGAACUCUCCACCAAAGCAGCAAAGAGAACAGAUAAUGACAGUGAAGGUGAGAGUGGGGACACAGUGGAAGGUAUGGAAGGAAAGGAGGGUGCUGAGGAAGUAGGAAUUUCAAGAAUGGAAUCUCAGGACUCAGAGAAGUCUUUGGAACCUGUGGACAAAGAAAUGGAUGAGCGGCUGCAGGAGAUUGAAAUGCUCCUUAACAGCAGUGACGAUAAGAUUGAGGAACCCGCUGCUUCUCCUACCGAGACACCCAAUAGAGCAAAUGACUCUAAAUCUGAACAGGAGGCCUGUGAAAAGGGUUCUUCCGACACUGAUCAUAGAACAAGUGUCGAUGAUGAAUGCCCUGCCAAGUGCAAAGACCCUGACAACUUACAGGAUACCAAAGAGCUAGUGGAGGACAAGCAGAACUUUGUAGACUUUUCAUCUGGGCUUUUUGUGACUGACUGCAGGAAAAGUUCCUUGGUGCCUGACCUCAAGGAAUGUAUCCAUGUCAAGGAUGAAGAAGUCCUCAAGGAGAUCAAGGAAGAAGGUGAGCUUAUGCGUCAGCUAUCUGAUGAUAAGUCCCCUGAUGAGGAAAAGCAAGAGGUCAAGGUCAAUGGAGAGUCCAACAACAACACCCCUGGUGCAGAGGAUGCUCCUGAUGGAGGUGUUGGAGAGAAGUCAGCAGGCUUCCCAGUCAACAAACCGCCAACGAGAGAGCUGGAGUACAACAGGACCAAUUUCAGAGAAUUUUUGCCAAAGCGAGCUCAGGCGUAUGAGGACCCACCACUCUACCUCUGUCUGCGGACUAAGAAACCAAUGCAGAAGACCUUCUCAGCAAGACAAGAACACAGGUUUAAGAAGAACAAGGUUCCAGAGUACUGGUUUGCUAUACCUAGAGUCAAGGCAGACAAUCUGUAUGCCUUUUUCCUUCAGUGGUCUCCGGACGUUUAUGGCAAGGAGGUGUCUCCGAGUGAACUUGGUUUUGUUGUGGUCCAGGAAUCGAAUGAGGAUGAGGAGCUUGAACUGAUUGAGGAUUUCUUUAAAGAACCUAUCCAUAAAGACUGGGAGAUUAUUAGCCGAGAAGAGGCAAGUAAACGUCGGAUGACCAUCUUAGAGUGUGAGAUGAACCUUCCUUUACCUGAGCUUGUUGGAGAGAGCAACCUUCUUAGUAAUGAUCAUGUUAGAAAGCUUUCAAAGAACCUUCCUCCAAGGACGGAGGGGUACAGCUGGUUUCUAAUCUUUAGCACGGCUAGCCAUGGUUACAGUCUACACAGUCUCUACCGUAAUAUGGCUAAUUGGGAGAGCCCUAUACUUCUUAUACUCAGGGACUCGGAAGGACAUGUGUUUGGUGCUUUGACCUCCUGUGCUCUGAAAGUCAGUGAUCAUUACUAUGGCACUGGAGAGAGCUUCCUCUAUAAGUUCAAAGAUGAGGAGCUUGAAUUGUACAGGUGGACUGGUGAAAAUAACUUCUUCAUUAAGGGAGACCUGGACUGUGUGUGCAUUGGUGGAGGAGAGGGUGAUUUUGGGCUAUGGCUUGAUGGUGACCUGUACCAUGGUCGCAGUCAUCCCACCAAGACGUUUGCAAAUGAGAUUCUUUCAUCAAAAGAAGACUUCAUCAUUGCUGACAUGGAAGCAUGGGGCUUCAACAUGUGAUCAAUCAUUGCCGCACACUCUAUGCUCAGCACAACAUGCUAUCUGCCAUGCAUGGUCAUAACUCUGAAGCGUAGCACUAGACUGGUGCUCUUUUAUUUAGAGAUAAACCUAGUGUGUAAAUGAGUAGACUAUGCAGUAAGAUGUGGGGAGCUUUCACCUCUUCUGCACGGAUGUUGACUCGUUAAUAUGGAUACAAUUAAGAUAGUGCCCUCAUCUGAGGGAAUUAUGCAGUUUACUUGCCAAACUUACUAAUGUUGGACAACAUCUUCAGACAUAGACCUGACAUUUCUGUUUUCAAUAUGAACACUGGGCAUUUUGUCACACAGCAAAGGAGCAUUGUCUCAACCAUGGACAAAGAUGUAAGCCAUUCACCUUCAUGUCCAUGAAAAGCAAUGUCGGAUAUCAGCAUCGACCAUGUCUACAUUAGCAGUAUACUGUAAAUAUCAAACAUACGUAGAUCAUUUAAAAAGAGUCAUGAAGCACUAGGGCUGCACAAUAUGACAAUAGCUAGUUUUCGCAGUCGUGAUGAGGAUGGAUUCUACAGCGCAGAAAAUCCAUUGAAAAUGGCAAUGAAUCACAAUGAACGGCUGAACGUCUUUGUCGAAAAUUGGCGAACCAAGACAGCUGAUCAUCAUAAGAUUCAGAGCUGACAAUAUUUCAAUGUGUUGAUUGUUUAGAGUCCAGGACGAAACUGCUGUUGUGAUUCACUGACUUUGGCAAAGACUCUUUUGUUUUGAGGGACUUUUAACAAUAUAUUUUCUGUGUUGUAGAAGCUGUCCCCAUCACGAUUAUGAAAACUCAAUAUUAUUGAAUUGCUGUGACACUGGAACUUCAAUAAAAAGAUAUUGGGUCGAUAAAUACAUUCUCACGAUAAUGUAAAUAAUGAUCCAGAAAAGAUGCCCUCUUGAUAAUUACUAUAUCUGUCUGAAAUGGUUAUUAACCACUUUACUCUAAUCUAAAUGAUCAGGAUUCAAGGGAAAUGGUCAUAAAAACUACAAAGGCUUCCCACCCCCCCCCCCUCCAUCACCCAUCCUUUUGCUUUUUGGGGGAUGUGAUAUACAUGUAUCACUAUGUUUUGGCAUAUUUGGUUAUAAAUAUAAUUCAAUAGUCCUACCCAGGGGCCAUGGAAACGGGAAGGGGGCUUGGUGGACUUUAGCCCCACUUUUUCCCAAA